AUGGCUGAACUAUUGGCCCGAAAUCCACGCAAAACAACUUUGCUUGCUUUCUUUGAGCUCUGUAAUGAAGAUGAAUUCGCAAAGACACUGCUAUACCACGAAAUCCCGCAAUAUUUCACAUGGGCCAAUAAUAAGUUUACAAGAAGGAAGCGUGGUGAGAACGUAGUUGGCCAUCCAGGAAUAAAAAAAGAUGCUGCUUUAGGAAGAGUCUAUGGUGUUCAUCCUUCUCAAUCUGAGUGUUUUUAUCUUAGGAUGUUGCUGCAUCACGUACGCGGUCCAACUUCAUUCCCGCACUGGAAAACUGUGGACGGAGUUCUCAAAGAGACCUAUCAAGCUGCUUGCCGUGCUAGAGGUUUGCUAGAAAACGAUGACCAUUGGGAAAAUACUGAAAAUACUCGAUUUUGCAAUGUCCAAUACAACUAA